AGUUCAUCAACCCUAUUCCAACAUGGUCAACACCCAGUCUUACACCGACCGUGCCAGUGUGCACAACUCUGCGGUUGCCCAGAGAUUGUUCAGGCUCAUGGACUCCAAAAAGACAAAUUUGUGUGCUUCAGUGGAUGUGAAAACCACCAAUGAAUUCUUGUCCUUAAUUGACAAGCUUGGCCCAUACAUCUGCUUGGUCAAGACCCACAUAGACAUCAUCGACGAUUUCUCGUACGAAGGUACCAUUGAGCCAUUGCUCAAGUUGGCCAAGAAGCACCAGUUCAUGAUCUUUGAAGAUCGUAAAUUUGCAGACAUCGGCAAUACCGUGAAAUCUCAGUACUCCGGUGGUGUUUACAAGAUUGCCCAAUGGUCAGACAUCACCAAUGCUCACGGAAUAACUGGUGCUGGUAUUGUACAGGGAUUGAAGGCUGCUGCCAAAGAAACCACCGAUGAGCCUAGAGGAUUAUUGAUGUUGGCUGAAUUGUCUUCGAAGGGCUCGUUGGCAUACGGUGAGUACACUGAUAAGACCAUUGAAAUCGCCAAAACCGACAAAGAGUUUGUGAUUGGGUUCAUUGCUCAAAGAGACAUGGGUGGUUCCGAAGAGGGCUUUGAUUGGAUUGUCAUGACUCCAGGUGUUGGUUUGGAUGAUAAGGGUGAUGCCUUGGGCCAACAGUACAGAACUGUUGACGAGGUUGUGUCCACGGGUACCGAUAUAAUCAUUGUUGGAAGAGGUUUGUUUGGUAAUGGAAGAGACCCAGAAGUCGAAGGUAAGAGAUACAGAGAUGCUGGAUGGAACGCUUACUUGAAAAAGACUGGUCAAUGAUUAACCACCAACUACAUAACAAUAACUUCAAUGCUAUAACCUAUGUACAAGUCUAGAUGUAGGCCAGGAGUUCUCAGCAGGUGGUCUGUAUAUCUGAGAAAACCAGGUAAGAACGAGGAUCAUGAUGUCAGUCAUGAGAAUACAUUUAUCGAUGGUAGAUACUCACGAAGAGAACGCUUCUUCGUCAAAGUUAUCUGCUAGUUUGGUUCUCAUGAUUUCGAAAACCAAAAGUCCAACGGAUGUGGCUGGAAUUGCCGUCAACGCAUUUCUCACAAAUCCUUUGUAUGCAAUGUCAAACCAAGUCAAUUUGGAUUUGGUUUUUAAUUUGAUUACCUGAUUAUAGGUAUCAAUGUAUGAGUUAUAGUACAAUUUUAUGAGGGGUCUUGU